UAAAGACCUUCGUGUGCCUAUAGAUUGGAUCCAGAGUCGUAGAGAACCAUGGAAUAAUUAGAUUAGAAAAAGAACGACCGCUCUUAUCUGUGUGUAAGCCAAAACCGUUGUUAUUCCAUACGUUGUGCUUGAGAUAUUCGCGUCUCAAGAACCGGCAGGCUGUGAAGGGUUUAAAUAUUGAGUAUUAGCAGAGGUGGCGACGAAUGUGAUUAGUGUCAAAAGAUUUAUAAUGAUUACGAAUGUUUCCAUCAUCAUCGCGCUCUUUCUACAGAUCUCAUCCGCCAUAAGGUAUACCAGAAGGCCAUCUUCCUAUCUCCUAUAUAACCAAGGGCUUCAAUCUAGUGCCCCAUCAAGCUAUGAUGAUCCUCUAAACUUCAACUACCCCAGUUACUCCUUCCCUGAGCAUAAUUCAAUAGAAAAACCAGUUGACGAACCACAAGAGUAUGUUCCACCACAGUCUGUUGGUUCUGCUGGUAUACCACUGAUACCACCUCCGGCGACCCCAGUUAAUGCUGUGGCAGCUAAUGUGCCAUCAGCCAACGGAGCUGUCUACCUUGGUUCUGGUUCCAUUGGAGUGGUACAGCUUAGUAAUGGAGCAUACGCUUUGGGUUCUGGGUCGCUUGGAUAUUCAGACGGAAGGAGUCAAACCAGGUCUUCAUCAAACGAGCCUAGUUACCCCCCACUACCAGCAAGUCCCAACUUAAUACCAGCAGCAGUACCAAGUCAACCAAUACAAACUCCACCAGCGUCAACGAUGCAACGCUUUGAAUACACCUUUCCAGUGAUGGGCACCUACGGUCAAGACCCAAACACGUAUGAAAUACUUCGACCUGAAACAGUUGCUUUCGGCACAGCACCAAGGAGACCACCAAGACCCCCAAGGAUGCAUUUCGCCACACCCACUUACCCUGUACAAGCUCAGAGUAAUGAGUACACUCUAACCAUACCACCAGGGAUACCGGAUUCAGAUCCAAACCAACAAUACGUUUUUGCCCAUUGAUUUUUCAAAAGGCCAAAUUGCGAUUCGUUCGAAUCGGAGUAGAGGACCAAAAUUGUCCAAAACAAAAUAAUAAGAUUAAGGUACUAAGAGGGAAAUGUGAAACCAAAUUUGACUAGAUGAAUCUUCAGUAUGAAACACAUACUCUUAAUGAUUUUAUUGAGUGAAUAACUGACUGAAAAACUACCAAUAAAGAAAACUUGUAGAUA